AUGAACUAGCACCAAAUGCAACAAAACUUACAAUUUUCAAUAUAUGACAAGCCAGUAGUUUGGAUAGAUUUGGAAAUGACUGGGUUGGACAUUACUAAGGAAAAGAUACUAGAGAUAGGGAUAGUAGUUACAGAUGAGAGGUUUAACAAAUAGACAUUGGGCCCUAACUUAAUUGUAAAAUGCGAUGAAUUCACUUUGUCAAAUAUGGAUGAGUGGAACUAAUCUCAUCAUUAAAAGAGUGGGUUGAUCGAGCAAGUCAAAAAAUCUUCGAUUGAUAUAGUAGAUGCAGAAUAGGUCAUACUAGGAUUUUUACACGAUCUAAAUGUACCUUAUAAUUCGGGAUCACUAGCUGGCAAUUGCAUUCACACUGACCGAAAAUUUAUACAGAAAUACAUGCCCAACCUCUUUAAUUUUCUCUCGCACAAGAUUAUUGACGUGACAACGUUUAAGCAACUCUGCUGGAGAUGGAAUAAUUAGGUAUUUAAAUAGAGACCUAAGAAAUUGGGUGGGCACAGAGCACAUGAUGAUAUUUUAGAGAGUAUUGAAGAGAUGAAACAUUAUGUUUAAUUUUUCGUUAAAAAAAGCUCUUGA